UCACCUGUUGGGGGAGGAAACAGAUCAAAGUACACUCUUCCAGAUCACUAUACUCAGAGGACAUAUUUCACCUUCUGGAAUAAUCUGCUGCUUCUUGUUUUUCCCCGAGGAUCUCUGCAGAGACUGAAUGAGAGAACAGCUUUGCAGGAUAAGGUGCCUGCCAAGAUGUUCCAAUUACAAGACCCACGAAUGCUGCAGAUGCUAGAGAAAUCCUUGAGGAAAUUCCUCCCUGAGUCCCUAAAGGUUUAUGGGACUGUCUUCCACAUGAACCAAGGAAACAUGUUCAAGCUAAAGGCCCUGGUGGACAAGUGGCCUGAUUUUAAUACAGUAGUUGUCCGCCCUCCAGAGCAGGAGAUGACAGAUGACUUUGAUCAUUAUACCAAUACCUACCAAAUCUAUUCCAAGGAUCCCAAGGACUGUCAAGAAUUCCUUGGCACAUCAGACGUCAUCAAUUGGAAACAACAUUUACUGAUCCAAAGUUCACAGUCCAGCCUGGAUGAGAAAAUACGCAAUCUUGCAGCCAUAAAACAGGUCAAAGUCAAGCAAUCCCAAUGCAUCCUCUAUAUGAUGCCCAAGACAGCCAGAAGGCUGCUCCCUUCCCUGUCAGAGGCAAACAACUUUACUCUUAAAACUGGCAAGCCCAAAUUCAUUAAUGAAGAGCUGUUUAAACUCUCCUCCCUGGAUGUUACCCAUGCUACCCUGGUGGAUAAAUUCUGGCAUUUUGGUGGCAAUGAGAGAAGCCAGAGAUUCAUCAAGCGCUGUAUUCAGACCUUCCCCUCCUUCUGUCUUCUGGGGCCUGAGGGAAGCCCUGUGUGCUGGAACCUGAUGGACCAGACAGGAGAGAUACGAAUGGGGGCCACCCUGCCUGAGUACUGGGGCCAGGGUCUAAUAUCCCAUACAUUGUUUGUCACUACUCAGACUUUGGAGAAACUGGGCUUUCCUGUAUAUAACCAUACAGACAAAGCCAACAGUAUCAUACAGAAAGCCAGUCAUAAUCUGCACCAUGUCCUCUUGCCCUGUGACUGGAACCAAUGGCAAUGUGUGCCUCUUUGAAGCAGCCCUGAACACAAGGCAGUGUUGAGUGGGUUUGUCCUACAGCAGGAGAAACAUGUGGAUGGAUGCAAAGAAAAAAGGAAUGAUGAUCAGCAAUAAAGCAGUUCAUGUUUUGUGAGCUCUGUAGAAGCAGUGUGGGUGGUCAAGAGGACUGACACAGUCCCGGCUCAUGAAUUUCCCCUGGGUCCAGCAGACCUGGAAUAGACAGAACUUGCUGUAGUGAACCCUGAUAUUGUUCUGUUUCCUACACUUUUGGAUCUCAGUGAUACUCUUUAUUAAACUGCACACUGCCCUAACACUUCUCCUGGUCUCCUAUCUCCGUGUGGAUUGUUGUUGUCAAUGGGGAAAUUGGACAGGUACAUUGCAAAAAAAAAAAAAAAGAAA